GACAGGAAGUUGGGUGGAAGCUAGAUGUUGCUAAAUAAAGUUAAAUAACGGUUCGUUCGUCUCCUGUAAUUCACUCGCCAACAUAGCACUCGAAAGUAUCGGCUAUUACGUCCUGGAGGUCUUUGCAAUCGCACAUGUCUAUAGACUAAAAUCCUAAAGAUACUUAAAAGCUAGUAUAUACAAACGAGUUGUAGAAAUUAUAAAAUAAGAGUCGGUGGAGCAUUUCCGGUGGACUGGACUAACGGGACAUGAUACACGACGUGUAAGGGGGCGCUGCCGACGGACAGACUGACUGACGGACAGACAGACCACAGAGUCAGCGUCUCCUUCGUUGGUGGGUGACUGACACGCCGGUCUGAGCGCCUAGGAAGAGUCGUAAUCCUCCGUCAGAAUGAGUUCUAUUGGGACGGGGUAUGACUUGUCAGCCUCCACCUUCUCUCCUGACGGCAGAGUCUUCCAGGUGGAGUACGCCAUGAAGGCCGUAGAAAAUAGCAGCACAGCCAUAGGAAUCCGCUGUAAGGACGGAGUCGUCUUCGGGGUGGAGAAGUUAGUUCUGUCUAAACUGUACGAGGACGGCUCCAACAAACGUAUCUUCAACAUCGACAGACAUGUCGGCAUGGCUGUUGCUGGACUGCUGGCUGACGCUCGCUCACUUGCUGAGGUGGCCAGAGAGGAGGCGUCCAACUUCAGAUCAAACUACGGACACGACAUCCCCCUAAAGCACCUGUCAGACAGAGUGGCCAUGUACGUCCAUGCUUACACCCUGUACAGUGCCGUCCGGCCGUUUGGCUGCAGCUUCAUACUGGGCUCCUAUGACCAAGACGACGGACCUCAACUUUACAUGGUCGACCCUUCGGGGAUCUCAUAUGGUUAUUGGGGUUGUGCAAUUGGGAAAGCCAAGCAAGCUGCCAAGACAGAGAUCGAGAAGCUCCAGAUGAAGGAGAUGACGUGCAGAGAGCUGGUUAAAGAAGUAGCGAAGAUAAUUUACAUCGUCCAUGAUGAGGUGAAGGACAAAGCAUUUGAGCUGGAGCUCAGCUGGGUGGGAGAAGUAACAAAUGGACGACACGAGCUGGUCCCCAGAGACAUCAGAGAGGAAGCGGAGAAGUACGCCAAAGAUUCUUUGGAAGAAGAGGAUGACUCUGAUGAAGACAACAUGUAGACUGCCCCUGCAGACCAUUUCUACCUACAAACUCCCUCUGACCCACACACACACACACACACACACACACACACACACACACACACACAAACGGCUCGGUCUGUGCUGACGGCUCUGACACAUGGAUUUUUGUAUGUUUUAUAGUCAUGGACCAUUUAAUGUUGAUCGUUUUGCUUUUGUUUGACAACUUUCAGUCUGGACAAUAAAAGAGAUCGUUUCCUUUGA